UAAACUGGGGACUGAAUAGGCUCUCGGACAAUCACGGGGAACCUGACAGAGCCAGCGUGUGUCAUGCGGUCUCCUGAUUGGCACAGCAGCAAUAGGGGCGGGUCCUCCCCUUUGUGUACACGAGGCCUGGUGGGACAGGACCGGGGUAGUCUCCUGCUGUGAGUGAACCGGCGCCUAGCUUGAGAUAGCUACUGUGUGUAGCUGAAUGCGUGCAUUGCUGACUAAAAGAUAACGUCUUCUGCCUCCAUUUCUCCGUUCGCUACAAUAUGUUGGAUUCAUGUUAAUGUGCAUUUAAAGACAUUUCAAUUUGUGGGAAAAAGUUUUAAGAAAUAUAAAAAAUUGUCUAAUCAACCAAAGAUUUCGCGACCCCCCUGCAGUACCUCCGCGGACCCCCUGGGGGUCGCGGACCCCCUGUUGAAGACCUCUGCAUUAGAGGGUCCGUUAGCACCACCUAGUGGACAGCUGGUAGAACUACACCACCUCUCACUGACUGGGUUUCUGACUGAAGAAGAGUUUCCUCCUCAUGUGAAGCCGUCUCAAUUGACCUGAAGGGAAUUCAACAGGUUCGACACCACAACAGAUCCUCCAGGAAUCUCCAGAGGACGUUUGAGCCUGCCAACCUGCAAGAUGGAAACCACUGAUCCAAAGAUCCCCCGUGAGAGACCAGACCCUCCUGGACCUGACCCUCCUGGACCUGGACCUGGAGCUGGACCCAGCUGUGUGUCCUUGAAGAGGGGAAACUCUAUGCCUCGACCUAUUGGGUUUAAAGCUGGAGAGCAUGAUGAUAGUCCAGAGAUCCCCCAUGAGAGACCAGACUCUCCUGGACCCAGCUGUGUGUCCAUGAAGAGUGGCCGGUCUAUGCCUCACCCUAUUAUGUUUGGAAAUGGAGAGCAUAGCGAUGGACCAAGGAGACCGGACUCUCCUGGAUCCAGCUCUGAUUCCAUGAAGAGUGAAUCGACUCGACCUCCAUCGUUUGAAGAUGGAGAGCAUAGCGAUGGACCAAGAGUUCAUCAGCAGAGAUCAGAGGGUCCUGGUGGUCAGUCUGCCCAGCAGCAUCAAACUCACCUGGACUCCAUAUUUAAUCUGCUGGAGGAGAACAUCAUUACUUUUGUGAAGAACGAGCUGAAGAAGAUCCAGACAGUCCUGACUUCAGAUGACCCAGAAUGCUUAGAGAGUCAGGACGAGGAGGUGUUGGACUGUGAGGAUGAAGAACAGAGGAGGAGCAGAGAGGCAUUUCUGAACGUCUCACUGCACUUCCUGAGGAGCAUGAAGCAGGAGGAGCUGGCUGACCGUCUGCAGAGCAUAACUGCUGCUGCAGUCUGUCGACGUAAACUCAAAUCCACCCUGAAGGAGAGGUUCCAGUGUGUGUUUGAGGGCAUCGCUAAAGCAGGAAACCAAACCCUUCUGAACCAGAUCUACACAGAGCUCUACAUCACAGAGGGGGGGUCUGCAGAGGUCAAUGCUGAACAUGAGGUCAGACAGAUUGAAACAGCAUCCAGGAAACCACACAGACCAGAAACAUCCAUCAGACAAGAAGACCUCUUUAAAGCCUCACCUGGAAGAGAUGCACCAAUCAGAGCAGUGCUGACAAAGGGCGUGGCUGGCAUUGGGAAAACAGUCUUAACACAGAAGUUCACUCUGGACUGGGCUGAAGGCAAAGCCAACCAGGACAUCCAGUUCAUAUUUCCAUUCACCUUCAGAGAGCUGAACGUGGUGAGAGAGAACAAGUACAGCUUGGUGGAACUUAUUCAUCACUUCUUCUCUGAAACCAGAGACGCAGGAAUCUGCAGGUUUGAUCAGUUCCCGGUCGUGUUCAUCUUUGACGGUCUGGAUGAGUGUCGACUUCCUCUGGACUUCCUCAACACUGAGAUCCUGACUGAUGUCACAGAGACCACCUCAGUGGAUGUGCUGCUGACAAACCUCAUCAGGGGGAAGCUGCUUCCCUCUGCUCGCCUCUGGAUAACCACACGACCUGCAGCAGCCAAUCAGAUCCCUCCUGAGUGUGUGGACAUGGUGACAGAGGUCCGAGGGUUCACUGACCCACAGAAGGAGGAGUACUUCAGGAAGAGAUUCAGAGAUCAGGAGCAGGCCGGCACCAUCAUCUCCCACAUCAAGACCUCACGAAGCCUCCACAUCAUGUGCCACAUCCCAGUCUUCUGCUGGAUCUCUGCUUCAGUUCUGGAGGAGGUGUUGAAAACCAGAGAGGGAGGAGAGCUGCCCAAGACCCUGACUGAGAUGUACAUCCACUUCCUGGUGGUUCAGUCCAAAGUGAAGAUCAUCAAGUAUGAUGGAGGAGCUGAGACAGAUGCACACUGGAGUCCAGAGAGCAGGAAGAUGAUGGGGUCUCUGGGGAAACUGGCUUUUGAGCAGCUGCAGAAAGGCAACCUGAUCUUCUAUGAGUCCGACCUGACAGAGUGUGGCAUCGAUAUCAGAGCAGCCUCAGUGUACUCAGGAGUGUUCACACAGGUCUUUAGAGAGGAGAGAGGACUGUACCAGGACAAGGUGUUCUGCUUCGUCCAUCUGAGCGUUCAGGAGUUUCUGGCUGCUCUUCAUGUCCAUCUGACCUUCAUCAACUCUGGAGUCAACCUGCUGGCAGAAGAACCAACAACCUCCUACCGAUGGACUAAAGUCAAACCUACACUAACACAUCUCUACCAGAGUGCUGUGGACAAGGCCUUAAAGAGUCCCAACGGACACCUGGACUUGUUCCUCCGCUUCCUCCUGGGUCUUUCACUGCAGACCAAUCAGAAACUCCUACGAGGCCUGCUGACACAGACAGGAAGUGACUCAGAGACCAAUCAGGAAACAGUCCAGUACAUCAAGAAGAAGAUGGAUGAGGAUCUGUCUCCAGAGAGAAGCAUCAACCUGUUCCACUGUCUGAAUGAACUGAAUGAUCGUUCUCUAGUGGAGCAGAUUCAACAGUCCCUGAGUUCAGGAAGUCUCUCCACAGAUAAUCUGUCUCCUGCUCAGUGGUCAGCUCUGGUCUUCAUCUUACUGUCAUCAGGAGAAGAUCUGGACGUGUUUGACCUGAAGAAAUACUCUGCUUCAGAGGAGGCUCUUCUGAGGCUGCUGCCAGUGGUCGAAGCCUCCAGGAAAGCUGUACUGAGCGGCUGUAAGCUGUCAGAGAGAAGCUGUGAAGCUCUGUCCUCAGUCCUCAGCUCCCAGUCCUCUAGACUGAGAGAUCUGGACCUGAGUAACAACGACCUGCAGGAUUCAGGAGUGAAGAACCUGUGUGCUGGACUGGAGAGUCCACACUGUGAACUGGAAACUAUUAGGCUGAGCGGCUGUAAGCUGUCAGAGAGAAGCUGUGUAGCUCUGUCCUCAGUCCUCAGCUCCCAGUCCUCUAGACUGAGAGAGCUGGACCUGAGUCACAACGACCUGCAGGAUUCAGGAGUGAAGCACUUGUCUGCUGGACUGGGGAGUCUACUCUGUGAACUGGAAACUCUCAGGCUCUCAGGUUGUCUGGUCACAAACAAAGGCUUUGCUUCUCUGACUUCGGCUCUGAUCUCCAACCCCUCCCAUCUGAGAGAGCUGGACCUGAGCUACAAUCAUCCAGGAGACUCAGGAGAGAAGAUGCUGUCUGCUCUACAGGAGGAUCCAGACUGCAGACUGGAGACUCUCAGGACCGACCAUUGUGGAGAGGACAGGUUAAAACCUGAUGUGAGGAAAUAUUCCUGUGAACUCACACUGGACCCAAACACAGCACACAGAGAACUCAAACUGUCUGACAACAACAAGAAGGUGACAUGUGUGAGAAAGAAGCAGAAACAUCCUGAUCAUACAGAGAGAUUUGACUUCUGUUCUCAGCUGAUGUGUAGAGAAGCUCUGACUGGUCGCUGCUACUGGGAGGUCGAGUGGAAAGGAGGGGUUUCUAUAUCAGUGACUUCCAGAGGAAUCAGGAGGAAAGGAAAGAGUGAGGAGUCUCAGUUUGGAGGGAAUGAUCAGUCCUGGUCUCUCAAGUGCUCUAAUGGAGAGUUUUCUGUCAGACACAAUAACAAUAAAACAGUCCUGCCUCUCUCCUCCCCCUCCUCCUCCUCCCCCUCCUCCCCCUACUCUCCCUCCUCCUCCUCCUCCUCCUCCUCCUCCUCCUCCUCCUCUGGUAGAGUAGCAGUGUAUCUGGAUCAUCCUGCUGGCUCUCUCUCCUUCUACAGAGUCUCCUCUGACUCACUGACCCACCUCCACACCUUCAGAACCACAUUCACUGAACCUCUCUAUGCUGGGUUUGGGUUCUGGCCACAUGACUCCUCAGUGUCUCUGUGUCCUCUGUAGGAGGAGACCACUUCCUGUCCUGUGGUAAUGUCUCUGGUCUCGGGGGACAUUACAUGAGUGUAGCAAGAGAUAUCUUCUAGUUGUGUGGUUAACAUGUUGGUAGUGACGCGGCUACACUUUGGUUAACAUUUGGACCUAUGAUUGUGCCUUUACAGCAUUUAGUUGUAAUGCUCCCUUUAUCUGCAAAAAUGUCCAGUAAUCACACUUUUUAAUAAAUGUUUUUUCAAUGUAUUCAAAUGUGUUUUUUAAAUGUGUCUUUUGCACUUUGUCGUAAGUAUUUGUUUUUAUAAAGCACUUUGAAUUGCCUUGUUGAUGUGCUCUAUAUAUAAACUUUAUUUUACUGGCAGAAAUGUUUAUUUUCUUUCUAAAAUAGUGAAAUGA